AUGGCUGCCAUCCUCGCACCGCUGCAUCUCCUGUCUUUCUCAACUCUCCUAGGCUCCCAGCUCUACCAGACCUUCAUCGUCACAAAAGUCGCCUUCAAGCGCCUCCCACGAAAUCCCUACGUCAAUUUCCAAAAGCACAUCUUUCCCAUCUUUUUCCAGGGCCAGGCACUCCUACUCUUCCUCACAGCCGUAACGCUACCGCCGUACGGCCCUCUCUCGCUGAUUGAGCACAAGAGCGACUGGGUACCGUUUGCGGUAUCGAGUAUUAUUUCUGGACUGAACGUUUUGGUGUUUGGACCGAGAACGAGGAAGUUGAUGCUGGAUCGUGUUGAGCAGGGCACCGUAGAUGCGAAAACAGCAAACUUAGAGGGACAAAGCACGGCGAUGCAGGUUUUGAAGAAGAGGUUUGCGACGUCGCAUGCUAUGUGUAUUCACUUGAACUUGAUCGGUCUUGGGGCUCAUCUUUGGUAUACAUGGAGACUGGCGUCACGCAUUGAGACUUCGUUGUAA